CUUGGAAACAAGGAGAGAAAGGUGCUGAAAACUGAAGAUUAGAAAUACACCCAGCUAUAAGAGAGAGAGAAAAAAAUAACCAGCAAUGGCACCCCGCAUACGACUGACUAUAUCAAAACCUCUCCCAACCAUCUGUGAAACCCAGGAGGAAAUUUUAGAAGAUGUAACCAGCAAUGCAGAAGGCUUUGGGAGCUUCUCUAUCAACUCAGAUUCUUGUUCCAGUGACGACUACCUUCAAUCUAUCUGCCAUUUAGCAAGACCCACCUUCCCAGUGCUUCCUGAAAACAACUGCGUGUUCCAAGACAAGAAGGUAUUAGAAACACUCCAAAGAGUGUCCUGGUUCCCAAAGCUGGCAGUGGCACAGCGCGUCAUUCCAAAGUGCAAGCUGACCAACAUCUUCUCAGACAUGAUGUCUUUAGAAAAAGUUAGUUUAGUACUUGACAAUGCAAAGCUACACCCCUGUACCAGGGCUGACCCACUGGAACAGUUGUACACACAAGCGGAGAAGACACGAUGCUACAGGGGUUCUGUUUAUGGUGAAAGCUCUGGCACUGAUGACAUACAGCGUAGCCAUUUCAGCCCUUGUGAUACCAGGAGGGGGGAUGAAAUUCAUCCAUCCACCUCUCAAGAAAAAACAGAGAAACAAGAUCUAGCUGGGGUCUUCAGUUUUCCAAGGCUUCCCUCUCCAAGACCAAUAGAGAGAGAAAGUAGCUGCUCAGAGCAGAAGUGUCUGAAAAGCAAUAAGAUAACGGCUGUUUCUGAAAACGAUCAAACUCAGAAAGAAAAUUGCACCAUAUUCAUUGAUGGUAAAUGGAUAUGGCCACACCCACCAAGACAGAAACUGCAGGGAAACAAGGUUUUGAGCUGCCCUCCACGAAGACAAUGUGUUGUGUUCAAAACAGCAGGUGCCACUGAAAAAGAAGAGCUGAAAUCUUCUAGCUAUAACCAAACUGUAAAGGGAGAUGUUCUUAAUAAGCAACAUUACCCACAAUGCUUUCAUGUAGAUAAAAAAGCCAUGACCCACAGCUGGAUGUCUGAGUGCAAGUGUGCCUGGAAAGGGGCAAAGGUUAAUGCUUGCCUACUUCCUGCCAUCGCAGAAAUAUGAAAAAGUGAUGCUGAGCAGCUGCAUCUUUUGCAAGAAAUUGUGGUCACUGCUAUCUUAAAUUUCUCCCUGCUACCUGCUUGCAUUGUGCAGAGAGAAGGGGUGCAGUAUACGUUUACAAUGAAGCAGAUACAUGUGUGACCCAUUACACCUCUCACCUAUGUGCAAACAGGCAAUACAUCUACUAACGUGGCCAUGCUUUAAAAGAGGAGAGCUCUAAAGACCAAACUAUUGAUUCAGGUCUCAGAUAUGCAUGCAUUUGUAACAGCUUCUCUCCUCAGCUCAGCAACUCCUUUUGCACAUGCCUGCCUGUGCUCUGAGAACAGCUGUAAUAAUGUGUGUCUCUACAUCAGAGAUGGAGGUAUCAGUCAGGUACACUAAAAAGGGGAAACGGCUGUUUAGAAGUGGGAUGUGUAAUCUGUAGGAGCAUCAAGCCAAUGGUGGUUUACAGCACAUGCCAAAAUUGGCACAUGUCACAACCCUGGAUGUAUUCACUCUGCAAGGAAACUCCUGCAGGAUGCUUAGACUAUAUGUGCGUUCUGACACAAGUGCAGGUUCUGAGAGAGGAUGAUCAGCCUCACUGCUAACAUCUCAUUUGACAGCUGGCGGGUUAAACAUUUCAACAUGUAAAUGCCCUAAAAGCGAUGUGGUCUCAUUGAUAAACUCAAUCCAUUAGCAUGCGAGGUGGGAAAUACAAAAACCUCCUUGGGCAGAACUCUCCUUGUGCGUACAAUUAAUCUCACUAGAAGCAUGUUUGAUUUAUGCUGUCAAGGGAGGAGAAUCAGACACUCCAUGUGCAGAAGCCUGUCCAGUAACAUGCCGGUGCUUGUCUUGUGUUGCUAUUCUUGUAGUUUAGUGAAAACUGUCUGCUUUUUCACUGCUAUUAGGGACUCAAGUGAAUUUCCAGCAGCCCAGGUACUGACAUUCUCUUCAGAAUUAUGCUCUUCUCUGCCUGUGCAUACUAAGUUUUUGAUUAUGCUUAUCCACUGAUACUUAAAAGCUAUCACACACACACACAC